CUUCAAUGAACAGUGUGUGUGUGUGUGUUUGCUCAGCGCAGUUUCAUUUACCAUUUAUUAAGCCUAUGCUCAGCGAUUUUAUUCAUUUCUGAGAUGUCGCGGCUGUAGGAAAGCAUUGGGUGCCAUGUGAGCGAGUUAGAGCAGUCGUGAAAUAUACAGACCAUUCACUCAGUCUAACAGAUGAUAAGGACCGGCUGACAAGAUGAAUCUGAUGAAAAAUUGAGUGAGGACAAUUUCGUAAAUAGUUGAGUCUUAUAGAAAUCAGGUCCAUUUAGCUUGGAGACAUUUCCAGCUCUCUUUUCUCUGAUGUCAGAGCGCCUCAUAUAUAUCAACACAAACAAGGGAGGGUCACGUGAACCGAUAGUCUCACCAACCCUCGGUUAGAAAGCUCGCUGUUGGCAUUCCGAGCUGACUUUCUGCCAACGCGGUCCAGCUGUGACACAUGGUUCUGCUCCGGCACAUAUCCAUCGCCCUGACCGCGGCGGUGGCGGCGUUUGGUUCAGCACUGUUUAUCGUCUUAAGUCAUCUUUUUAAGAGACAAAUAUGGACACCAGAAGUGAAGUACUACGCGAUUCAAGAGGAGGAGGAGGAGCGCCGUGAGAGGCAGGUGCUGGUGUUGGGUUUGGACGGCGCGGGGAAGAGCAGUGUGCUUCAGGGGCUUUCGGGCGAAACGGCCACAGCUCUGAGGGGGCAGCACUGCAAGCCCACACGGGGCUUCAACUUCGUCCGCCUCAACACACCCCUCUGCCAGCUGGACUUCCUGGAGAUUGGAGGUGGCGAGGACCUGCGCGUGUACUGGGCGGACUACCUGCGAAAGACACAUGUGCUGGUGUACGUGGUGGACUCGUCAGACAGACACCGGCUGCCCCAGGCCAAGAGUGAGCUCCACCGGCUCCUCAAAGCCAACGCCAAGCUGCCCGUCGUGGUGCUGGGGAACAAACAGGAUAAGCCUGGCGCGGUGAGCAUGCCCGACCUGCACGAUGCCCUCUCCCUGGCCAGCAUGAGCGACACACGGCAGCUGCUCCUGAUGCCCGCCCAGACCGGCUGCAGUGGGCUGCAGAGCUUCAAGGACCUUCUGCUGAAGCUGGUCUGAGACCGUCGUCAUGGCCACUGGUCCGCCAGAGGUUAAAUGUCCAAAGGCAUACACACACGCACGUGCACACACACACACAGACACACACGCAGAGCUCUAGUAGAGGUAGCCUACCCUAGUGAGUAGCAGCAAAUGGAGGAGAAAGAUGCACAAGACAGCAUUAAACAGUGUGAGUGUGUGUGUGUGGGGGGGGGGGGGGGGGAGAGAGAGAACAACACAGCAUCUACUGAGAGACUGUUUUUAUCUUUGUAUACUUAUGUUUUAUAGAGCACUGUAAAACACACUGAUGUUGUUCUCUGAAUAGACUUUACUGAGCUAGGUAGUUUGCAGCGAGGUUUCAUGUUUUACUGCACUGUUUGUCCUCUCUUACUUGACACGGAAGCUAUUGUUUUUCUGGAAAUGAGGGGCCAGUUUCAUGCAUUUAGUAGAGAUUUACCAGACGACAGCUGAUUCAGGCCCUGAUCAAUCCCUGAUGUUGCCCUGAUGUAGCUCCGACAUGCCUUGACCUGUGCCUAAUCUGGCCCUGAUCUGUCUUUAAUCCAAGCCCCAGAUAUCAUGUCCCAAGUAGGGUUUCCCUGCCUUUGUUGUUGGCAUGUUUAAACUGCAGGUGUGAGAACUACAGAGAACUAAUCGGCCAUGCUUGUUAAAUUCGAUUCGAUACGAAAGCCAGAACUGCCGCAAGCAAGUCAGGAAUGUCUGGAUUAUGCCGGUUUUGGUUGAGCCUGAAGAGAGCUGUUCCUCAUGUGACACGUUUAAGUUGUUUUCUGUCUACUCACGCAGCCGUGCUAACAGAAGGCCCCUUUGUCAUGCUGUGGUCGGUGUUCUAGGAUGACACUUAGCCCGGGGUCGAUAACAACACGCUGGUCUGUAACGUUUUGCACUCACUGCAGUAGAAUCUCUACAAACGUCUUUGUAAAAUAGAUGAAGACUGAGCCUAAAACAAAUGUUUUGUUAAUGACAGUAUAUAUUGUAAUAGUGAAUGACAUGUCACAUGUUUGGGGCUUCACACGCUGUACAUUUCCUUAUGUAAAAUGGGGACAGGCCCAUCCAUCACCCUGCAACCUGACACACAACAUAUUGGGAGUGGCAAGAGUUUUAGCAAUGUUAUAUAUAUAUACAGUCGUAUGCAAAAGUUUGUGCACCCCUGAUAAUCUCCAUUACUUUCAUCUAUAAAUUGUUGGGCGUUUGGAUCAGGAACUUCUUUGUCAUAUAUACUAUAAUACUUCAUGGACACAGUGAUAUUUUAGCAGUGAAAUGUUUAUUUGAUAAACAGAAAAUAUGCCAUAUGCAUCAUAAGAAAAUUAGACAGGUGCAUACAUUCAGGCACCCCAACAGAAAAAUCACAUUAAUAUUUACUAGGUAUUUUGGACCAUUCUUCCUUACAAUACAUCUCCAGUUCAGUAAGGUUUGAUGGGUGCCUAGCGUGGACAGCCCGCUUCAAGUCAUCCCAUAGAUUUUCAAUUAUAUUCAAGUCUGGGGACUGGGAUGGCCAUUCCAGAACAUUGUAGUUGUUCCUCUGCAUAAAUGCCUUAGUGGAUUUGGAGCAAUGUUUCGGGUCAUUGUCCUGCUGGAACACCCAACUCCGCCGUAACUUCAGCUUUGUUACAGAUUCUUGAACAUUAUUGUCAAGAAUUUGCUUGUACUGAGUUGAAUCCAUGCGACCCUCAACUUUAACUAGAUUCCCAGUUCCUGCACUAGCCACACAGACCCACAGCAUGAUGGACCCCCCACCAAAUUUUACUGUGGGCAGCAAGUGUUUUUCUAGGAAUGCUGUGUUCUUUUGCCUCCAUGCUCUUGUUGUGACCAAAUAGCUCCAUCUUUGUCUCAUCAGUCCACAGCACUUUGUUCCAAAAUGAGCCUUGCUUGUUGAAAAGGCUUCUUCCGCAUCACUCUCCCAUACAGCUGUUCUCUGUGCAAUGUGCGCUGAAUGGUUGAGCAAUGCACAGUGACACCAUCUGCAGCAAGAUGACCUUGCAGGUCGUUGGAGAUGGUCUGAGGGUUGUCCUUGACCAUUCUGACCAUUCUUCGCCUUUGCCUCUCUGUUAUUUCUCUUGGCUUCUCAAGAACUGUGCCUGUUGCCUUCCAUUUCUUAAUAACAUUCCUCACAGCGGAAACUGAUAGCUGAAACCUCCGGAAUAACUUUUUGUAGCCUUCCCCUAAACCAUACUGCUGAACAAUCUUUGUUUUCAGAUCAUUUGACAGUGGUUUUGAUGCCCCCAUGUUGCCACUGUUCAGAGGAGAAUCAAAGAGACAACUUGCAAUAGGCUACCUUAAAUACCUUUUCUAAUGAUUGGAUGCACCUUGCUAUGGAAUUGAAGGCUUAACAAACUAAUCAGACUAAUUAUGUGUUGCAGUUAAUCAGCAUUGAGUAGGUACAGGUAUUCAAAUCAACAAAAUUAUUAGGGUGCCCAAACUUUUGCACAGCCUAUUUUUCAAAUUUUAUUUAAUUUCACACAACUAAAUACUACUA